GACUGGGCCGUACAACUCAAGGUAAGCAGGACUUAAUGUAGUCUAGUUACAACAUAGAUCAGCCUGCUGGUUUAAAAGUGAAAAUUGUAACCAUGCUCUUUUGAUUCCAUUCUCCUCUCCUCCAGGUGUUGCGUGGACUUCUGGACUCAGCAGAGUUCUUGGAGGAUGUGUCUGACCGGGCUGACCUGGUGCUGAGUGGCCAGGAGGUGGCGCUGCUCAGGGAACUGACAGACACACUGGAACCCUUUACUGAGGCCUGGGACAUGGUGCACACGCACAGACAGGGUGACAGACACGUCUCCAUCAGUCUGGCUCUGCCCUGUGUCCUGGGGCUCCGUAAGCACCUGUCAGAGUGCGUCUCCCCCCAGCUACCCUGCCUGCUACUGGGCUUGUCUCAAGCCGUAGAGCGCCGCCUGGCUCCCAUCCUGGAGGACCCUCUGUACGUCACCGCCACCACCCUGGACCCACAGUUCAAACUUACCUGGAGCUCAGACCCUGACUGGCACAGACAGGUCCUCCUGGACGAGGUCACCAAACACACACAAACACAGGGCCCCAGCAUGGAGCUCACCCCCCAGGCCCAGUCCCCUGACGCAGCUUUGUCCCCAGCCUCGUCCCCUCUUCCCUCCUCCACUUCGCUCAGCAGGCCCUGCAAGCUGUUCUCCUUCAUCAAGCAAAGGCCCACGGCGCAGGCAAAGAGCGUGGAGCAGGAGCUGGCAGGGUACCUGCGUGAGGAGCCCACUGAGGAGGAGCCUCUCCACUACUGGAGACGAAAGACUAUAGACUUCCCCCAGCUCAGCCAGGUGGCCAAGCGGGCGUUUACUGUGCCGGCCGGGACCUCCACCGUGGAGACCAUCUUUACCUCGGCCAGACACUGGCUCCAACCCGGCAGAGGCAGGGCUCUCCCCAAAAACCUUGAGACACUCAUCUAUCUCAAAACCAACUAUAGGUUACUGUGGACUUAAUGGAUCAACCCUAGGCACUAACACAGCUACAGAGGCACUAACACAGCUACAGAGGCACUAACACAGCUACAGAGGCACUAACACAGCUACAGAGGCACUAACACAGCUACAGAGGCACUAACACAGCUACAGAGGCACUAACACAGCUACAGGCUGGUAAUGUUGUCCAUGAAACCCGAUGGAGACUCAAAAACUUAAAGGGCCAAUUACAGACCGCUAUGGACCUAAACACUAUAGUCCACGUAGCCUACAGGUUUCAGACCUAAACACUAUAGUCCAUGUAGCCUACAGGGUUCAGACCUAAACACUAUAGUCCAUGUAGCCUACAGGUUUCAGACCUAAACACUAUAGUCCAUGUAGCCUACAGGUUUCAGACCUAAACACUAUAGUCCAUGUAGCCUACAGGUUUCAGACCUAAACACUAUAGUCCAUGUAGCCUACAGGUUUCAGACCUAAACACUAUAGUCCAUGUAGCCUACAGGUUUCAGACCUAAACACUAUAGUCCAUGUAGCCUACAGGUUUCAGACCUAAACACUAUAGUCCAUGUAGCCUACAGGUUUCAGACCUAAACACUAUAGUCCAUGUAGCCUACAGGUUUCAGACCUAAACACUAUAGUCCAUGUAGCCUACAGGUUUCAGACCUAAACACUAUAGUCCAUGUAGCCUACAGGUUUCAGACCUAAACACUAUAGUCCAUGUAGCCUACAGGUUUCAGACCUAAACACUAUAGUCCAUGUAGCCUACAGGUUUCAGACCUACAGUGCCUUGCAAAAGUAUUCAUCCCCCUUGGCGUUUUGCCUACUUUGUCGCUUUACAACCUGUAAUUUAAAUGGAUUUUUAUUUGGAUUUCAUGUAAUGGACAUACACAAAAUAGUCCAAAUUGGUGAAGUGAAAUGAAAAAAAUGACUUGUUUAAAAGAAUCCAAUAAAAUGACAAAGGGAAAAGUA